AUGACCAGGGAUUCGAAAUCAACCGAGGAAAAACUUCAGAUUGAACUCUGGCUGCCGCAGGAGUGGGAAUUGGGCUGGAUCCGAACACGAAUCAAUGGUCAGAAUGUCGAUCGUCACAUCUCCUUUGGCGGAAUUCAAUUCGUUCACCCCAAGUUGAUCGAUGUCAAGUCCCGCUUAAUUGUGCAAACACUGCAUUGCGUACCCUUCGUCACUCUCUCCUAUGUCUGGGGAGAGGCGGCCUCACGCACCUUUAAGGAAAAAGCGCUGGUAUCCGAGUCGUAUCAUCCAAUUGCUCUUCUCGAAGGAAACAUUCCUCAAACUUUUGAGGACGCUAUCGGUUUCACAAAGCGUCUAGGAGAGCGAUACAUCUGGAUUGACGGUUUGUGCAUUCCUCAAGAUGAACCUGGCAUUAAAGCACAGCAAAUCUCGCAGAUGGAUCAGAUUUACUCCAGCAGUAUCUGUACCAUAGUUUCGCUCGAGUCAGGCGUCGAGGGAGGAUUGCCAGGGUCCAGCUACAAAUCCUCAAGAAAUGUCGACCAAUAUCUCGAACAGUUACCUGGAGGUUUAAAAGUAGCUAGCCCAUUAAUGAGCCUCAGGCUGCUCAUGGAAGGAUCUGCCUGGGAAACACGAGCAAUCAUACCAGACCUGUGCCAUGCCAUCUUGAGCUAUCCGGGACAAAGCUUGGGCGACCUAUGUUCGGCAACGCCAGUUAGGAUCGUUUUGGACAACGGGUGUGUUCCGAAUAAUUUCGACCAGCCGGUUUUUGUCUUCGAUCUUGGCAAUAAUAAUACGAGCGAGGAGAUUAUUGGUACUCCGCAUAUUAGAUAG